UUGAUAUAACUGGGCUUGUUGUGUUAUUAAAGGUAUAUGUAUUAGGUUCUGAUUUACUUUAUAGCCUACCUGCUUAUAUAAGAAACAUGCACUACUUAUUGUUCACGGUUGCUGUUGGAUUGUAUUUUGGAGGAGCUAUUGGUUUAUGUGGUUUCGAGGGAAAAAGGUACGGCGCCAUAGAGAAAGUACCAGUUGAGGGGUGCGACAAAUGCUUCUGUUAUGUCAGUGAAACCAUUCUAUGCGACCCCGUGUACUGUCCUGGUGUUUGUGUUCACAAAGAACAGAAGUUCAAGGACUUCAAAAAUGAAUGCCAAAGCUGCAAGUGUAGUAAUGCUUUCAUUUCCUGUGAGGACUAUCCAUGCCAACAAGGGUAGUCUGACAUACACUAAGAAAUUUUGGCAAUCGGCCCCUACAGUGUAUACAGAGAUACUGUGAAACGUGUUUAGGCUACUAAGCUUUCUGGAAAAAUAAAACUUUUAAUUUUGAGUAUCA